CCACUCCCAUGGUGACUCCGCAACCAGAGUCGGCUCAAAAACUUCCAGCGUGUGGCCUCCUGCGUCAGCAGUGGGCGGGGCCUCUCAGUCAAGUGUCAACCAGGAAGCAGAUGGCCGACUAUCCUGACGCACAAGCAGAGCGCCACAGAGAAGAACACAAGUUUAACAAAUCACACAGGCACCAUCAUGGGCAUCCUAAUGGGCAAAAUUUACCAGUCUCUCUACGGGCUUCGAGCCAGAAUCCUGAUGCUGGGGUUAGAUGCAGCAGGCAAAACCACCAUCUUGUAUAAACUCAGGCUUAAAGAGAUCAUCCCCACCAUCCCAACCAUCGGUUUCAAUGUCGAGAUAGUGAAGCCUGUCCAUGGGGUAUCCCUCACAGUGUGGGAUGGAAGCGGCCAGACUAGAGUGUGGAGCCACUAUUUCAGCAAAACGCAAGGUCUACUGUUUGUGGUGGACAGUGCGGACACUGAACGCUUUGGAGAGGCUCAGGCACAGCUGCAGUGCAUCCUGGAGCAUGAGGAAAUGAGAAGGGUUCCUCUUGUCAUCCUGGCCAACAAACAGGACCUGCCAGGGGCCUGGCAGCCCGAAGAGCUGGUGGAGAAGAUGGGACUAAGGAAGAUAAUGGAUCACGAGUGGCUCAUCCAGGGGUGUUGUGCAGUCAGUGGAGCCGGGAUCAACGAGCCUGUACAGCACUUGGCAGAUAUGAUUAAGCGCCACCAGACGGAGAGGUACUAAUAAUGGCACUGGAAGCUGAGCCCCCAAUUCAGGACUGUGUCAGGCUGGCAUUGCAGGUUCCAUUUGGCAGACCUCAGGUUCUUUGCCUUUUUUAUAAUCUGACUGUAGCCUAACUUUAAAAAAAAAGCAAAACAAUUAUAA